AUGCGUGUUCGACCCCCAGACUACUUGCGCAUGCACGGAGGCAAUGGUUUAGAGGAGGCUCCGACGGCGUCGGAGGACCUCUCCGCGGAGGUCUUCGCCCAAGAGGAAUGUCCUAAUUCUCCUUUUCCAAUGCUGUUGCCUUCGAAAACCCACGGAUACCACUUCAUCGAAAAGAGAUGGGUGGAUCUAGAAGUGGAAUACAUUGCCGAUAUCCAGUGGAACACCAAAGCAUUUCAGAGUCUCGUGACGGAGGAGGAAACCAAGGAUCUACUCGAAGCCCUGACCAAGAAUCAGCUGAACAUUGAGACGUCGACCGAUUUGAUUGCCGGUAAAGGGAACGGCUUGAUCGUCUUGUUACACAGGGGACCAGGCACGGGCGGAACUUACACGGCCGAGAGUGUCGCCGACUGUACACAGAAGCCUCUGUAUCGUGUGACGUGCAGUGACAUUGGAACCGAGCCCGUCGAAGUCGAGAAAUACCUGGAGACCACCGUGCUUCGCCUCGGCCGCCGCUGGAGUUGCGUCGACGAAGCGGACAUUUUCCUGGAAGAACGGACGCUGGCGGACCUGAAACGGAAUGCCCUCGUGUCCGUCUUCCUGCGCGUCCCCGAGUCCUACAACGGGAUCCUCAUCCUCACCUCGAACCACGUCGGCCACUUUGACGAGACGUUCAAAUCGCGGAUCCAACAGUCGUUGCACUACGAGAGCCCGGACCAGCGGCAACGCCACCAGAUCUGGACAAACUUCAUCAAACAUUUGCGGUUGUCCGGCUCGUGCCAGAUGGACUUUGAUGACCUCGUGCUGCACGUCCAUGGUCUGAGCCGUUUGGCCGAGUUCAGGAAGAAGGACCUGAAUGACGAGAUCUUGACAAAGGUCAUUCGCGUGUCGGGCAAGUUCGAUCGCUACCUGCAAGGGGUGAAGAAGGCGGAGGUGCUCAAGGGAGGGACGGUGGACGAGCAGAUUGCGAGAGACGCAGGGACGAGGUGA